GGUAGGUGUUGGAAGACCUGAAGACGUUGGAAGACAUGAAGAUGCUGGAAGACACACAAACGCUGGAAGAUCUGGAGAUGUUGGAAGACGAGCAGAUUCUGGAAGCCCUGGAGAUGCUGGAAGACAUGGAUUUGUUGGAAGACGUGGAUUUUCUGGAAGACAUGGCUUCGUUGGAAGACGUGGAUUUUCUGGAAGACAUGGCUUCGUUGGAAGACGUGGAUUUUCUGGAAGACAUAGCUUCGUUGGAAGACGUGGAUUUUCUGGAAGACGUACCUUUGUUGGAAGACGUACCUUUGUUGGAAGACGUACUUUUGUUGGAAGACGUAGGUAGGCUGGAAGACAUUCAUUUGAUGGAAGACAUGGCUUUGUUGGAAGACGUGGAUUUGCUGGAAGACACGGAUUUCCUGGAAGACCUGGAUUUUUUGGAAGCCAUGGAUUUGAGGGAAGACAAGGAUUUUGUGGAAGACAUGGACAGUCUGGAAGAACUGGAUACUUUUGGAAGACGUCAAUUUUCUGGAAGACAUGGCUUUUUUGGAAGACGUAGAUUUUCAGGAAGACCCGAAUUAUCCGGAAGACCUGGACUGUUUGGAAGACGUGGAUUUUCUGGAAGACUGGGAGGUUACUGGAAGACAUGGAUUUUCUGGAAGACAUGGACUUUCUGGAAGACGUGGAUCUUCAGGAAGACAUAUAUUGGCUGGAAGACCUGGAUUUUUUCCGGAAGACGUGGAUUAACUGGAAGACCUGGAUUUGGUGGAAGACGUAGAUUUUUCUGGAAGACACUGACUGACUGGAAGACCUGGAUUUCUUUCUGGAAGACACAAUGGAAGACCUGGAUUUCUUUCUGGAAGACACUGAUUUACUGGAAGAUCUGGAUAUUUCCGGAAGCACUAGAUUUAUUGGAAGACUUAGAUUUGGUGGAAGACAUAUUUUUCUGGAAGACAUGGAUUAGCUGGAAGACGUGGAUUUUCCUGGAAGAUCUGGAUUUGGUGGAAGACCUAUAA